CAGCCUCUCAUUUUCUUAUUCAUCUGAAGCAGCAACAACUUCAACCAUGUCUACCCUCCACCUCUCGUUCCUCUUCCUCUUCCUCUUCCUCUGCCUCUCCUCUACCGUACACUCCAUCGGCGUAAACUAUGGAACUCUCGCAAACAACCUUCCACCGCCGGCACAGGUUGCCAACUUCCUCAAAACCCAAACCAUCAUCGACCGUGUCAAGAUCUUCGACAACAACCCGGACAUCCUCCGUGCUUUCGCUAACAGCGGCAUCGCCGUCACCAUCACCAUCGGUAACGGCGAUAUCCCUAGGCUAACCACUCUUAUAGAGGCUCGAAGAUGGGUCGUUGCCAAUAUCAAACCAUUCCACCCCCAAACCCGAAUCAAUUACAUUGCCGUUGGAAAUGAAGUCCUCCACUGGGGAGAUCAGAACCUCAUCAGCAAUCUCGUUCCUGCUAUGAAAACCAUUUACCAUGCUCUCAUUCGCGAGGGCAUUAAUGACAUCAAGGUUACUAGCCCGAGUUCAUUGGGUAUUCUCCGAAGGUCGCAGCCACCGAGUACAGGUCGGUUUUGGCCGGGCCAGGACAAGCAAGUAUUAGCACCCAUGUUGCAGUUCUUGCGCGAGAGCAAAGGUCCUUUCAUGGCGAAUCCGUAUCCGUAUUUCGGUUACUCUCCGAAACAGGAGAACUACGCGUUGUUCAAGCGGAACCGUGGAAUGCCCGACAGGUAUACGGGGAUAGUGUACACCAACAUGUUUGAUGCUAAUAUGGACGCCGUGCAUUCGGCGAUGAAAGCUCUGGGCUAUGGAGAUGUGAAUAUUGUGGUGGGCGAGACCGGUUGGCCAUCGGUGUGCGAAGGACCACCGUGUUCGCCGCAGAUCGCUUCGCAGUACAAUUAUAAUCUGGUAAACCAUGUUGAGUCGGGGAAAGGAACGCCGUUGAUGCCCAACAGGACGUUUGAGACCUACCUGUUUGCUUUGUUCAAUGAAAAUCUUAAACCCGGUCCGACCGCUGAACGCAAUUGGGGUUUGUUUCAGCCGGAUUUUACUCCGGUUUACAACGCCGGGGUUAUGCGCAAUCAACAGGGCGGUAGCAGCGGCGGUGGCGGCAGUGUCGCACCGGCACCGGGCCGGAAAUGGUGCGUACCAAAGCCAGGGGCCACAAAUCAACAGCUUCAGGCCAACAUAGACUACGUCUGCAGUUCGGGCUUGGAUUGCAAGCCCAUUCAGCCCGGUGGAGCCUGUUUCAAGCCCAAUGAUAUCCGGGCCCACGCUUCCUUCGUUAUGAAUUCUUAUUUUCAAGCCCAGGGUCGUCACGAUUUCAACUGUGAUUUCUCUCAUACGGGUGUCAUAACUUCCGUAGACCCAAGUUAUGGUACGUGUAAAUAUGCGUCUUGAGAAUGGAUGAGGAUGGGGAAGGAGUGUGAUCGGUUAAUCUUAUUAGAUAUACUCGAUAGGGAUUUUUACAAAUCACAAUCUUAUUGUUAAUGAAAUAUUAAUAGUCUCUUUUGCAUUGUUUUAUCUUUUCGAUAUUCUUCUUCUAACGCAAGAAAAAUGUCCAUCUUAAUACAAAAGGGCAAUUUCGAUUGUUUA